CGGAUUCCCGUAAUAGUUUAGAUUCUUGAAGAAAAGCGUUCAUCUUUGUUGGAAUUCCUGAGGAAAGCUCAGAUGGGUUCGCUCUAAAUCGAUUGAAAGGCAAAGGGGUCUCGGAAUUUUGUGCAGUGCGGGAUUGAUAUGAACGGGGAAGGUUGUUCAACGAAAUGGUCAUGGGGAUUGAGGAGUAUGGUCAGAAGGAAACAGGUCGAUUCUGUUCAUCUGAGGAAAAAUGAUGGGAAUCAGCUUGCGAAGAAAUUAUCCGCCAUUGAUCUUGUUGCUAUUGGAGUGGGAACGACCAUAGGAGCUGGCGUGUAUAUUCUUGUCGGAACAGUUGCCAGAGAACACACUGGACCUGCUCUUGCUGUAUCAUUUUUUAUUGCUGGAAUAGCAGCGGCUCUUUCUGCAUGUUGUUAUGCUGAGCUUGCUUCUCGCUGUCCAUCCGCUGGGAGUGCUUAUCAUUAUGCAUAUGUAUGCCUAGGAGAGGGGGUUGCUUGGUUGGUUGGCUGGGCACUGGUGCUGGACUAUACCAUCGGUGGAUCAGCCAUUGCUCGUGGCAUAACUCCAAAUCUGGCAUCUUUUUUUGGAGGUUUGGACAAUCUUCCUGUGUUCUUAGCACGACAAACAAUACCUGGACUUGGUAUUGUGGUUGAUCCAUGUGCAGCAUCCCUGAUCAUUGUUGUCACAAUACUACUCUGCUUUGGAAUAAAGGAGAGUUCAUUAGCACAAGCAAUUAUAACAUCUGUGAAUGUUUGCACCUUGGUUUUCAUCAUAAUGGUCGGUGGAUAUUUAGCAUUCAAGACUGGGUGGGUUGGAUAUGACCUUCCAAACGGGUACUUUCCUUUUGGAUUAAACGGGAUUCUUGCAGGAUCUGCAGUAGUAUUCUUUUCAUAUAUUGGAUUUGAUACAGUAACCAGUACCGCAGAAGAGGUGAAAAAUCCUCAAAGGGAUCUUCCACUGGGAAUUGGGAUUGCGCUGCUGAUAUGCUGUGUGCUGUAUAUGCUCUUAUCAGUUGUUAUUGUUGGAUUAGUCCCAUACUAUGCAUUGAAUCCCGAUACUCCUAUCUCUUCUGCAUUUGGAGACAGUGGAAUGCAGUGGGCAGCGUAUAUCUUAACCACUGGGGCAAUAACUGCUUUGUGUGCAAGUUUGUUGGGUUCGCUUCUUGCUCAGCCACGAAUCUUCAUGGCAAUGUCUAGGGAUGGAUUGUUGCCAGCUUUCUUUUCAGAAAUUAGCCCACGCACUCAAGUUCCAGUAAAAAGCACAAUAACAAUUGGUGCCCUGGCCGCUGCUUUAGCAUUUUUAAUGGAUGUUUCACAGUUGUCUGAGAUGGUUAGUGUGGGAACUCUGAUGGCGUUCACUGCUGUAGCAGUCUGUGUAUUAGUACUCAGAUAUGUUCCACCAGAUGAGGUUCCUCUACUAUCUUCCUCCCAAUAUAGUAUCGAUUCCGAUGAUUGUAGAGUUGAAAACCAAGAUUUCCUUGCGGAUGAUGGUGUAGAAUCCUCUGAGUCUCCUUUACUUGAGGACAAAACAGCUCCAGAUGAAAAGAAUAAGGAGAAAAGACGUAAAAUUGCCACCUGGAGUAUAGCUCUUGUGUGUAUAGGUGUACUUGGCCUUACUUCAGCAGCUUCCGCUGAGCGUCUUCCCAGUUUCCCUCGGUUCACAAUAUGUGCUGUCGGUGCAGCCAUCUUGCUUUGCAGUUUGAUCAUUCUUGUCUACAUAGAUGAGGACGAUGCAAGGCAUAACUUCGGGCACACUGGAGGAUUUCUCUGCCCGUUUGUCCCGUACCUACCGGUUCUGUGCAUUCUGAUCAAUACUUACCUCAUUAUCAAUGUCGGGGCUGGAACAUGGAUCAGGGUCUUGAUAUGGCUGCUUAUUGGAGCCAUGAUCUAUCUGUUUUAUGGCAGGAAACAUAGCUUAUUGAGCAGUGCAGUUUAUGUUCCAGUGUCUUAUGUGGGAAACAUCUCUAUCUACAGAGACAACUGAUCAUCGGGCUUGAGAUGUCCAAAGCUUUGUUGUUCAUGUCAACAUCUAGAAGACCAAAGGUCAAAUUGGCACAAGUACACAAGCACAAUACUUUCGGGUUCGGGGAGUACAUAGACAUAUCUGUACAUUGUAGUGUAUUGUUCAAGUGAUGAUGUCAAAGAAGAUGCAAAUAUGUAAUCCAGCUUUUGUAACUUGCAAAAUAAAAAGCUGGGCUCUAUUUGUCAUUAACAAAUUAUACCUAAUUGGAAUAAACAGUGCUUCUUUUA